AUCAAAUCGAGCAGCAACAAUGGCUACUGCAACUCAACCAGCCAUACCGAAAGGCCUUACUAUGGAUCAAUGCCAUGCGAUAAUCGCAAAGAAUCCCGUCUUUGCUUUAGAAGAAAAAGACAUUCGCGGAGUCAAAAUAAGAGUAUUUAAAAAUCCGAUCCAGACUCUUCGAGCUGUUUGGCAAGCAUCAAGGGCACACGGCGAACACAUAUCCGUCGUCUACGAGAACGAAAGAUAUACAUUUAAUGAACAAAACAAGCGAGUUAUCGCCAUAGCAAACACUCUCUACAACAUAAAGGGAGCUCGUAAAGGAGAUCGAGUGGCAAUCGCUGCUCGUAAUCUUCCCGAGUGGAUUGUUUGCUUCUGGGCCGCCGCCUCUAUUGGUUGCAUCGUUGUUCCCAUUAAUGCGUGGUUGACGGGAGCGGAACUUGAGUACUGUAUUCGGGACUGCGGUGCUAAAGUACUGGUCUGUGACGCAGAACGGCUGGAACGGUUGCAACCGCAUUUAGCAGCUCUCAAGGAGUUACGGCAUGUGAUUGUAUGUCGUGUACCUGCUGGUGCUCGUCUGCAGUGUCCUGCUAAUCUAAUAUCGUAUGAAGAUGCUUUGAGUGCUUCGAACGGAGCUAAUGAUGUGCCUGAUGUCAAGAUUGAUGCGGAAGAUGAGGCUACUAUCUUUUACACGUCAGGAACCACAGGUCGACCAAAAGGAGCUCUCGGCACUAAUCGGAAUUUCACAACUUCCUUAUUUGCUGGCGCAGCAGGCCAAGUUCGCUCCUUCUUGAGGCGCGGAGAACUACCACCAGCUCCAAACCCAAGUGCACCGAAAAUGGCCACAUUGCUCGCCAUUCCCUUGUUUCAUGCCACAGGAUGCAUCUCGUCGUUACAAUCAUCAACCUUCGCAGGCAAUAAGAUCGUCAUGAUGUAUAAAUUCGAGGCCUUAGAAGCUUUGAAAUUGAUUCAAAAGGAAAAAAUCACGGGUGUUGGUGGCGUCCCGUUCAUUGCGUGGCAGAUUUUAGAGCAUCCGCAACGAAAAGACUUUGAUUUAUCGAGUAUUGUCGGAUUCGGGUACGGAGGAGCACCAGCUGCUGUGACGCUAGCUCAAAAGAUCUCGAAGGACUUCCCUCUUGCCACUGCAGCUAACGGCUAUGGAUUGACUGAAUCGAGUGCUCUUACAAUUGGCAAUUCUGGUGAAGACUAUAUCAGAAAGCCAUCCUCUAUUGGAUAUCCUACUUUGGUGAAUGACGUUCGUAUUGUGGGUGAAGAUGGAAAAGACUGUCCCGUGAAUGAAAUUGGAGAGUUGUUUAUCAAGGGUCCCAAUAUCGUCAAAGGAUACUGGAAUAUGCCUGAAGCUACAGCCAAAACCUUUGAAAAUGGUUGGCUAAAGACUGGGGAUUUGGCUACGAUAGAUGAGGAGGGCUUUGUGUAUAUCAAGGAUCGAGCGAAGGAUAUGUUGAUCAGAGGUGGUGAAAACGUGUAUUGCGUUGAAGUAGAGAAUGCCUUAUACACACACGAAGCAAUAAUGGAUGCGGCUUGUGUUGGAUUGCCACAUGAAGUUCUUGGAGAAGAGGUUGCAGCUUCUGUGCAAAUAAAACCUCAAUAUUGGGGUAAAGUGACAGAGGCAGAUAUUCAAGCACACAUGAAGACCAAGGUAGCGGGAUUCAAGGUUCCCGUAUUCAUUGAUUUGCGUCAGGAAAGCAUCAUUCGUAAUGCUAAUGGCAAGAUUGACAAGAAGCUGUUGAGACCGGAAGUCAUUGCCGCAGCUGCCAAGGGCCGUAAGGUGUUUGUGAAGCUUUAG